AUCCCCAUCCAUCCCCUCCCCUUUCUCUGGGGUAACACAACAAAAGGGGCACGUACUGUACCGAGCAGCUCCCCUCUGUCUGCCUUUUUCAUGAUCCGCCGCAGUCGAAGGGACCGACUCUUUCUGCUCAUAAAGCUUCGUUGUACUGACAGCAGUAAAGUCUCUCCACAGCCCUCUUUGGCCGCAAAUUGUCCACUAGAUCAUUCCUCUAAGUCCCGCAAACCUCCAAUCCCGCUCCGGAUAAAGCUCUCCUCCCUCCGGCUGGGUGCCCGAGCUCAUCUUCAGGCAAGAUGGUGUCUCCCCAUUUAGAGAACAUACGGACGGCGUCUCCGAAGCUAUACCAGCCCUUUCUGUUCUGGGACACGGAGGCCAUAGCGGUGGGGGCGGUGUUGCUGGGGCUGUUCCAUUUACUUCUGGCUGUGCCGCUCUAUUACUUAGACCUCAGCCUGCCCAUGCUCUACCUCCUUCCCCUGUGUGUUGGCUGUAUGUUUGUGACAGCUGGGUCUCUUACAGUUGCCUGCGAAAAAUCCCCCAAUAAAUCACUCCUGAAGAGCUGUGCAUAUACUAAUGUGGCUGGUGUAAUGGGGGCUUUGAGUGCCAUCUGUGUCUACGGCCCAUCCCUGGCAUAUCUGCCCCCCAAGAGGAACUGCAAUAUCACAGAAUUUGAUGAUUAUGGAUUCACAAACUGUGCAGACGAGAUACUGCUUGAUUUCUUUACAGGUAUCGCAAGCCUGCUCUUUUUUUACGAUCUGGUGGCUCUUGUGCUUCACACUCUCCUUUCAUUUUCUGCACUGAAAGGCCUGAAAAAUACUCAGUCCCAUUAAAGAAUGGAUUCAUUAGCACAACACUGUCUGAGAAACGUGUAUAUACAGCUCUGGAAAAAAUGAAGAGACAAUAUAGUAAUAUUUUCAGUGUCAGGCAUACUGUAACCUUCUGCCAGCAGAUCCAGGAUCAAACCACGGUUUAAAAAUGCAGAUAUUUUUUUUACAUUUAGAAUGGUCACAUUUUUUUUCCAGAGCUGUAUAAUCAGAACUUGUACAUAAAGAUGUAGAUCAGCAACACUAUUAUCAAAUGUCAAAGAUCAACACUGUCAGUUGGCAGAUGCUCCUCUAAGUCUAUUUAGUAUUUGAUCUAGACCUGAAUAAUCUUCUGUUCCAAAAUGAGUGAGAACCUGUAGACAUUUCCUCUUGUAUGAUUUUGUUAUGGUUUUAUUUAGUACCCUGUAAUAUGAUUCACAUUUGCCAUAAUCCUCUUUAUAGGAUCUCAACUGUGAACUGUAUCCCGUUGUGUUUUUUUUCUUGUAUCUUAAACUUUUAAAGAACGUUUUAUACAAUUUAUCAUGUCUUCUGACCUAUAUUUUCAUUUAUUAUGCUGUAUGUUUGUUAUAUCAUGUGUACGAUUAAAACAUAAAUAUAUUGUUCUGAAAA